CCCUGGUGUUCAGAGCUGUGGGAAUCCUGGUGUGACAUGGUCAGCAGGUGGUGGAAGGAGCCCUCCGGUCUGGCUCAGGGAACCUGGCUGGCUCUGUGAGGUGCGGGCUAUCUGACGUUCUUCCUAGGACUUUCAAAGAGACUCUAUUCUUCUUCCAUCCACCCUUUCCUGGGGAAGACAGCUCAUUGCUGGACUGGCAAAGACCUCUCCACUGGUGAGCCCAGAAGACCAUGAACUUGUCCUCUGAGCACUGCAACAUAUCAGACUGGCUGAGGCUGGAGGCAAGAGUGAAGGCCUCUGUGUAUGUGGUGACUUUCUCCUUUGCCACAUCCAUCACUGUCAUCAUUGUCACCAUAGUAUCACAGAAUCAGAAGCUGAGGAAGGAUCUGCGGCUGGUCCUCCUGUGCCAUCACCUGCUGUGUAUCUCCUCCUACUGUGGCCUGGGGGUUGUCUUCCAAGGAAUGCGGGCCUUGAUGGGCAACAGCCCCCUGCUGCUGUGCUGGCUGGUGUUUGGGGCACAGCUAAGCGUGGGAGAAGGGAUCCUUCUCACUCUGGCCUUGAUGGCUGUCAACACUUACCUGGCCAUCUGCUGUCCCCUGAAAUCUCCAUCCCUUAUAGAUUCGGCUAAGUACAGGAUCAUGGCUGGGACUUGGGUCACCAUUCUAUUCAAGAAUGUUGGCUUAUUUCUCAUAGAGGGCACUGACCCCACACGGGCUGCUAUUUUUGAAUCUGUGCCCCUUUGUCCUGUGAUUUUGAACGGCAUGCCUGCCCGAGUCAUUGGCAUGCUUUUCCUUUCCCUUCUUUUGUGUGUCAUUCUGGUGAGUUACUGUCUGAUAUACCAAGAAGGGAAGCGGGCUGGCCAUUUUAAUAGGUCAAAUGUUAAGGCAAGGAGAACUGUCCUCAUUCAUCUAUUACAGAUAAGCUUACAUGUGACUCCCACCCUACUAUUCAUAGGAUUGGGAAAGAGGUGCGGGGUGUUUUUCUUUGCUGUAAAUCUUGUGCUUUUUGGUGUCUUUGCAUUUGCGCAGUGUUUUAACCCUCUGGUCUACGGGCUCUGGAACAGAGAACUACAGAGCAAAUUGUACCCUUGGCUGCGCUGUCAUGGGAGUUGUGGUCACGAGAGACGCAGCAGAGAGCUGGUUUAAACAAAAAAUCAGCAAGGGUUCAGAGUUUGCCUAAAACUGCCCUGAUUUUGAAACACUGCAGGUGUUUCUGUCAUACUUCUUGAACUGGUCUCAGUAAAUUCUAAACCUUUAAUUCUAAGCCCAGAAGAGCAUAUUUUUUGGCUUGCCCUACUGCAUUUGAGUAUGAUAGCAGAAAGGAAUCAUAUGAUUAUAAAAUCACUGGAAGGGUUGGAGGAACAGGGUCAGGGACCCCACUGGUUGAUGUCAAGGUCUGGAGGUAAAGCACUGUGGGGUCUGAGCACUCACAUACACAUAGGGGGCUUGGCCUGACAGAAGAAACAGCAUCAAAAUGACUUCUAUCUCCUUCCAUCUUCUAUAUGUUCCACUAUCUCUCUAAACAGUGGAACCCAACUUGCUUCGGAAGCCCUAAGUACAAAUGAGUCUGGGAAAUGUAGUUCUUAGCUUUACAGCUUUGGCAGUGCAGGAAGAUGCCUCAGAAGGGGGGGUGAAAGAGACAACCCUUGGGACCCUCCCUCCCCACACUUAGUUUUAUUUCCAGAUUAUAAAGAUAACAGAAACAACAGGAACUACUGGGCAACCAUAACACUAAGUAAGCCAAUUUACCCAGAGUGUAUGUGUAGGUCAGAAGACAACUUCCAGCAAUUAGUUCUCCACUUCUAUCUUUAUGUGGGUUCCAGGGAUGGAACUCAGGUCAUUUGGUUUGCAUGGCAAAUGUUUUAUCUGCUGAACCAUCUUGUCAGCCCAACUUUUUCAUUUUUGAGAGCUGGACCAAUUGCUUGAGAAAGUCAGGCCUUGACUGUUUGCUUUGGGUAUGGACACCUGUCUAUGGAAGAGAGCCUCUUUCUCAUCCAUUUCUUUACAGUCCUCAGGCUGCCCUCACCUUCAGACUCUAGGGGCUUCUGUGAGAAGUCUGUACUCCACACUGGGUUUCAGGUUCCUCCUCUUCUUCCUUUCCUCCCCCUAGGCAUCCCCAACAACGAUAUUUAAUGAACACGAGUUUCCUCCCUAUCUCCCUCCUCAGUCCUCCACUGUAUGUCAAUAACUUGCAAUGUUUUUUGUGUGUGAUUUCCUCGAGAUGAUCUGCAAAGGAUAAACUGUUGGUAAUUCUCAUUUGUAAAAUAAUUUUGGUCUUGAUAACCUGGAUUUGGAUUGGAAAGUUGCUUAAAUUGGUGUUUACAGUGACAGCUUGUGUUAUGAACAAGUGACAUGAGCCAAAAUCAACUUUAACUUGUGAAAUCUUGGGGCUGGAAAGAUGGCUCAGAAGUUAAGACUACUCUUGCAGAGGACCAAGGUUCAGCUCCCAG